AUGGAAGAAGCUAGAAGUUGGCACAUUGUGUUAUUUUUGCUGUCUCUUUCCUUCUAUUCAGGUUUAUGUCGUAAUUCCAUAACAUUGAGAGAAGAUUCAUCGUAUAAUUUUAGUAAUACUCAAUUGGAUUCGAUUCCGAUUGUAAAUCCUACAACACCGGGAUCAGGAAAUCCUUAUCCUACCGUUAACCCGACAUCUCCUCAACCACCGGACACAAGCACGGGUGGACAAAGCCCAACAACUCCGGACACAAGCCCAACAAAUCCAUAUUCAAACCCGCCUGCCUCUACAACUCCGUAUUCAAAUCCACCGGCUUCUACAAAUCCGUACUCAAACCCAACAAGCCCAACCGUAACUCCUACAACACCAACUACUACUCCGACAGGCCCAUCUGGAUCGUCUGGUGGCAGCGGCGGUGGUCAAUGGUGUGUUGCAAGCCCAUCGGCUGCAGAGACUACUCUAAAAGUAGCUCUUGAUUAUGCUUGUGGUUAUGGUGCUGAUUGUUCGCAAAUUCAACAAGGAGGAACUUGUUUUGACCCAAAUACACUUGUAGAUCAUGCUUCUUAUGCAUUCAAUGAUUACUUCCAAAAGAAUCCUGCACCUACAAGCUGUGUAUUUGGUGGAGUAGCAUCACUUACAACUAAAGAUCCAAGUCAUGGAAAUUGCCAUUAUUCAUCCUCCAAAACAACAAGCAUGAGUCCACCAAAUCCACCAACUCCACCAACAACAAUGACUCCACCUUCUCCCACAACUAUGACUCCACCUACACCAACUCUUAUGACUCCAUCUUCACCAGGCAUGACAAUGCCUGAUCCAGAUGGAGGAUCAUCAUCAGUCUAUGGUUCACCGCCGGGAGGAAGCCCCAACAUAGCCACAUCUACUUCUUUUUCCAUACUGCUCCUACUUACUACAAGUCUCUUUGCUACACUUCAUCUGCAAAAUCACAUCUAG